AUGCGUACAUCUUUCGUUUCCAUGCUGGCCCUCGGCGCCGCCGUUGUGUCUGCUGCCCCAGCUCCUACUAGUGUUUCCGAACUGGUUGAGCGCUCGUCCUCGACUUGCACCUUUACCUCAGCCGCCAGCGCCAUUGCUAGCAAGAAGGCUUGUUCCACCAUUGUGCUGGAUAACAUCGAAGUCCCUGCUGGCGUGACUCUCGAUCUUACCAAGCUGGAGAGUGGUACCAAGGUCAUCUUCAAGGGCGAAACUACCUUCGGAUAUAAAGAGUGGACGGGUCCCCUUAUCAGCAUCUCCGGCUCAAAGAUUGAAGUCAGUGGACAGUCAGGCCAUGUCAUCAACGGCGGCGGAGCGAGCUGGUGGGACAGCGAGGGAACCAACGGCGGAAAGACCAAGCCCAAGUUCUUCUACGCCCACUCCCUGGACGACUCGUCCAUCACCGGCCUGAACGUCAAGAACACCCCCGUCCAGGCUUUCAGUGUGCAGUCCGAUAACCUGGUCCUCGACCAGAUCACCAUCGACAACUCGGACGGUGAUACUGAGGGCGGCCACAACACCGAUGCCUUCGAUGUUGGCUCGAGCACCUAUAUCACCAUCAGCAACGCCAAUGUCAAGAACCAGGAUGACUGCUUGGCUAUCAACUCUGGCGAGAACAUCGUAUUCACCGGCGGCUACUGCUCCGGCGGUCACGGUCUCUCCAUUGGCUCCGUUGGCUUGCGCUCCGACAACACUGUGAAGAACGUGACCAUCUCCGACUCUACCGUGACCAACUCCGCCAACGGUGUGCGCGUCAAGACCGUCUACAAGGCCACUGGUGCAGUCUCUGGCGUGACCUUCUCCAACAUCAAGCUGUCCGAGAUCUCUAGCUAUGGUAUUGUCAUCGAGCAGGAUUACGAGAACGGCAGCCCUACCGGUACCCCCACUACUGGUGUCCCCAUUACCGACCUGACUGUCGAGAAGGUUACCGGCACUGUCAAGAGCAGCGCUACUGACGUCUACAUUCUUUGCGGUAGCGGUAGCUGCUCUGACUGGACCUGGUCUGGAAAUUCCGUCACUGGUGGUAAGACUAGCAGUAAGUGCGAGAAUGUGCCUUCUGGUGCUUCUUGCUAG